GUGAUUUUACCGGAUAUCCACAGAGUUUUUUUCUCAUUUAAAGAUUUCUCAGAUAAACAGGAAAAUAUUAUAAUUAAUUAAAAUAUUUAUUUAGAAUUUUAUUUGCGCUUAAUAUUAUCGACAUAAUUUACGUUUAGGAGAUUUAAAACUCGACUUUUCGAUGAACCCGGCCGAUUAAAGUUCCAUUAUAUUUAAUUUUUACGCGGAAAAAAGGUUUAUUAAGCUAAAACGAUUUUAGCCAUUAAUAAAAUCGUCACGCUCCACGACAAAGAAGUGCACCAGGAAGAGUUAAAAAGGCACCCGGGGUAAAAUACGUGAUCGGAUUAAAAUGAAAGUUUCUAGUUUAAUAUUAAAAAUGUUGUUUGUUGUAUCGGCGGUCUCUCUAUUUGUCAAUCUCGUACAAAGAGGAACGAUUUAAUUGUGAAAAACAGGAAGACCGUCGAAGGUAAUGCGCCGCGACGUCUGCCUCGGCAAACACCGCAGGUGUGGCUACCAGAGACCCCCACAGCUCGGUUAUUGGUCUAUCCAGCAUCCGCCAAUGGCGGCUUUGGCGACAAGAUCGUCUCAUUCCCAGUUCGUCCAUUAAUGAUGUAACCGCCCAGAGAUCGUACUGCAAGUCAGUGGAUCGGGCUUUGGAGUUCCGACUCUUCCACUGCGCGCUCGAUGACCGCCGGGGAAAGAUGCGCCACCUCUCUAAUUCCGUUUAAUGGUUUCGUGCAAUUUUUAACAUCGUUUCUAAAUCGUCGAGAGAAAACCUAAAAUUAUUAAUAUUUGGAUUACAUUUUUUGAAAUUUUUAUUUUAUGUUCUUUAAAUAUUAAGAGAACUUUUAAUAAAGUCGGUGAAAAUGGGAAAACGUCCUCGUUCCGGACUUCCACCCGCCGUAACUACCGCGCAUGCGUUCAAUCGCAGACGGAAAAUGGAGGCGCACCUGAUGGCAUGGACAGCUGACGGAGGUGUUCCAUUAUUUACACGAAGAACCGGCGAUGUCAAAGCGUUACCGUUUGCGGCCGUGGGGACGCUGAACGGCAUGCACAUGUUUUCCAGUCUGCACAACUCGGAACUACUGAGUACGGUAACCGGAGACGGAAAGUUAUUGUGGAGGUCGUAUCACAAAAGCGUGGUGUUGAUCAUAAUCUGCAGCGACGACAACGCCUGCGAUUCUCACAUCGGUCGCGUCCUAGAUAACGUCUUUGCCGCCAUGGUCACGUGUGUGGGACUAGAUAACCUUUGCAAUAUCCAAAACGUGGAGAGAUUAAAGAGGGACCUCAAGGUAUGCUAUAACCUAGUAGAUCACAUUCUUUUACAAUUAGACGAAGAUCAGUUAACUGUCGGAGAUCUGAUCGGAGUGGUCGAUUGCAUCCUGUGUCAUAAAAGUCCCUCGUUACAGCACUGUUUGGAAUCAUUCGUGGAGACGGCGGAAAGUGCCUACGGAUGUCUUUUAGUUAGGGGGAAGAUCGCCCUGGCCACCAAGAAGUGGUGGUCCCUCGACAAUCGGGAAUUAGUCUUGCUUUCCGCCUACGUCAAUUCUUCGACCAAGACCGUGUCCAGAGACAUUCCCAUUUAUCUACCGGCCAGUUGCCCCAACGUUUGCAACAGAUUGCUGACGUUCCAGUUAACUCAGGGAAUCGAAUUGUGUGUUUUGUGUGGACCCAAUAUUUCCUUAUCGCAAUUGGAAGAGGAGAUUCCGAAACAUUGGAAAGCCGUCUUCGAACAAUUAAAGUGCGUAUCUAGUCUCCAUCCUAGAAAUUUUCCUACCUCCGUCACCAUCGAUCGAAACAUUUUGGGAUUCAUAUUAAUAGAAUCUCGGAAGCGGUGUAUUUGUAGCGUGCAGCCUCUGGAAGAAGACAACGGCCGACCCAAAGACGGCAAGUGCCUGAGUCUCAGGAGGCGGCAGGAAAUUUUGAGGAUGCUUUACAAGAUGGCGGCUGGAACUUACUUCUCCGGCGCCGAAAAGGCCAACGACGCGGAUUCGUCAGAGAAUCGGCACGGCGCUCGAGAAGCCUACACUUGUUCCGAAUACUACAAAAGCUACAUCUUACAAGAAGGAUCCAAUCAGCUGUAUCUUCUAUUCGCCGCCGGUGUGGCCACCUUCGCCAUGAGGGCAGUGGCGCACAGGACGUUAAAGACGCUCACCUCUCAAAAAUUCUAUCAAAUUUAAAGAUUAAUAUAAUUCACCCUUCGGCAGACGUUCUACCGUUUCUAAUAUAUUCGUCACGCUCCGUCAUUUCGUUUCCAAAGAUAUUUUUCGCAAUAAAUUAUAGAAAUGUAUUCCCUUUUUCGGCCGGUCGGACAGAAGAAUAUCCUAUGUAAAUAUGUGUUUAUAUAUUGUGCAAUUUUUCCAAAAUCACUAUUUUAAUAAGUAUAAACACUUGGCAUUUAUGUAAUUACACUCGACUAGUCAUUAAAAUUGUGAAAAAGCUUCAUCCGGUUGGUUUGCGGACAACUUGUAAAUAAGACUAAUUUAUAUUGUAUAUAGUAUUUUAAUAAAUUUUGUAUGAUUUGUCUGUCACCGUUUUCGUGGAAAAUAAAAUACUCCGUUAAGACCUGAACACUUUAUUGCUUCACAAAGAUCGAUUCUACAAAGAAUUUUUAAGCAAGAUUUUAAAAAAGGAAGAGAGGAAAAAACAAAAAAUACAAUGCACAAUGUAUUUACAGUUUUGCA